UAAUACCACUCAGUGUUCUCUCAAAAUAGCUCGCGGAUGUCUCUAAUUUACGGGUCGACAUCUCUAGCGGGCACAGCCUUGUAUUUGGCCUCGCGCAAUGAUGUAAAAUGAAGCAUCGGCUCUUCUACAUUACCCCACCCAAAUUCGAUUUAAGCCAAUCAGGACCGUCUGCUAAGUUUCUGACCGGAUAUGGCCGGAUGUAUGGCCGUUUUUUCAGUAUGGUAACAACAUAAGCUUACAUAAUCAUAGCUUUAUGGCAAUCUUCAGCUGUGUGUCAGGCUCGUUUUGUCUCGCCAUCGUGAGGUAUUUAGCUCGAUUGGGUCUCGCCAAAACACAAGUUAUGGCUCCACCAAAUUCGCUUAAACGUUUAAAACAAAAUAAAGACAAAAGCAUUUAAGGCAUUGAAUUAAUUGUUUGAUUUAUUAUUCUUGAUGUUUUUUUCAGUUUGACUUGGUCUGCAGUCGUGGCUUCAUGGCAUGGCUAGCUAGCGGCGCCAUAUUGUUUUUCGGUAAGGCAGUUGGAGCCAUCAUUCUUGGUUCUUUAGCCGACAAAUAUGGCCGCAAAAGUGUUCUUUUCCCUUCAUUGUUGAUUGUACUACUCUUCUCGUUUGCAAUGGCAUUUGCAAAGGUCUUCUGGAUCGUCGCUGUGUGUCGUUUCAUCGUCGGAUUUUUUGAGGUUGGCUGUCUACUUUCAAUGUUCGUUUUAGCAACUGAACUAGUUGGACCUGAGAAGCGAGCCUUGGCAGGGAUAGUGGUGUGGUUUUACUUCACGGCAGCCCUGAUGAUUCUGGGUCUUAUCGCCUAUUUUGUACGUGACUGGCGCACACUUCUGAUCUUAUCAUCAGCUCCGUGGAUUUUUACUCUGGCAUUUUGGAAACGUACUAACCCGAAUUUUGUUCGAAGAUUUAUUCCAGAAUCUGUGCGGUGGCUACUCGUAAACGGAAGCAAAGAAGAAGCCCGAGAAAUCUUGUCGAACGUAGCAAGGGUCAACAAGAAAGACAUGCCAAGCGACGAACUUCAAGUCCCAGCGACUACAACCAAUAAAGGUUUCUUGGAACUCUUUAAGACACGGAAACUGGCCAAGCUGACACUCAUUCAAAUAAAUAGUGGCAUGGGUAUAGUAGCUCUUGCAAGUGACAUUGGAGGUUCCUGUUCGCCAUUUGUUGUACAGAUGACACGUGUUAACGCCAUUUUGCCGUUUGCCUUUAUGGGCGGUUUGUCUUUCAUUGCAGUCCUUUUCUGCUGGUUUCUUCCCGAGACCCUCGGGAAAAGGACCCCUGAAGUAAUAGAAGACACUGAGGUGAAGCAAGGUAAAGAAAUCAUGGAACUGAGGCAGCAAGAGGGAACCAAAGAUCGCAACAUCUUAGGUUACAUUGCUGGUCGAGUGACGCUUGGCUCCCUGGGUAAAAUGUUUAUUACCACUUCCUUCGACUCCUUGUUUAUUUUCUCAGCCGAACUCUUUCCAACCGUAGUGAGGAAUAGUGGUAUGGGCAUGGUGUCCAUAGCCAGUCGUCUCGGGGCUGCUUGUGCGCCGUUUGUGGUUCAGAUGACGCGUAUUAAUCCCAUCAUGCCCUUUGCCUUUAUGGGCGGCUUGACCAUGUUUGGAGCUUUGCUGUGUUCGAUUCUUCCUGAAACCAGGGGACGAAGUACUGCCGAAGUCUUCGAAGACACCGCGGAGAAACAACAAGAAAAAGAACACGCCUUGGAGGAACACAAGAUGAAAAUCCUAGUCGAAGAAUCCCCCAAAGAUUGUUCCGAUAAAGAACAAGCCUUGACGGAACAAAAGAAGGAACUCCAGGACGAAGAACCCCUCGUUGAUCCUCAAUAAUGGAUGGUUUUAAACCUGAAUCUUUUAUUCAAAUAUUAAAUCGCGACCGUUAUGCAGGGAAAUCAGAUUUCCUCAACUUUCCAACCUGUCGGAAUUGCUUUUUGGUUGGACACACAUAUUUUUAUUAUUAUAAGGCAAUCAUUAAAUGUUAUAAACAUAGCUACAUUGUCACUAAAUAGGUUACAAGUUUGCGCACAGCAUUGAACUUUCUGUACGCAUAUUUCACUGACGAAGCUGGACCUCUUUGACUACUCCCUCAUACAGUGAAAUUCACCCGUAGUCUAAUAAUCUAAAAUUAAGUUCUCUAUUUCAUACUGAGGGGCGUGCCAAUUAGAGAACAGAAACUUUUUUUUUUCGUCAUUUUCCACGAUUUUGUUUUAGAAGUCUUGGGAAACUUCUGCUACGAUAAACAAAACAGCAUCGCGUUCAGUUGACCUACCUGUAAAGCUGUAUGUGAUAAGCAAAAAUAAAAAUAAACAAGUCAAUUCUGUUGUA